AUGACUUCUAGCUAUGCACAUGUAAGGGACAGGCAAGCAACGAUAUCAAAUCGCUUGGAGAGUCCGAUUACAUCGAAUCUGGAAAACCUUCAAGCCAAAAAGAACUUCUCCGUGAGCCACCUGUUGGAUCUGGAGGAGGCCAGGGAAAUGGUUGGGACACAGGCGGACGAGAGUGUCGGUGAGGCAGGGAGGAAUAUGCUGGAGUCCCCGGGGCUGACCAGUGGGAGUGACACCACCCAGCAGGAGAACGAGCAGCUGAACGCAGAGGAGAAGAAGAAGAGGAAACAGAGGAGGAACAGGACUACGUUCAACAGCAGCCAGCUGCAGGCUCUGGAGAGGGUGUUUGAGAGAACACACUACCCCGACGCCUUCGUCAGAGAGGACCUGGCACGCAGGGUCAACCUCACAGAGGCACGGGUGCAGGUGUGGUUUCAGAAUAGAAGAGCAAAGUUUCGUCGGAACGAGCGCGCCAUGUUGGCCAGCAAGAACGCCUCGCUCCUCAAGUCCUACUCCGGGGACGUCACGGCCGUGGAGCAGCCCAUCGUACCCCGUCCGGCCCCCCGCCCAAAUGACUACCUAUCCUGGGGCAGUGCCUCUCCUUACAGCUGGUACCCAAUGCCGGAGGGAGUGCCAAUGCGAGUGCCACAGAAAAUGCUGCCCUCACAAAGCAAUGCCAUGGCAACCUACCCCCCCACAUGCUCCAACCCCAAUACAUCCCAGGGAAUGAACAUGGCUAACAGCAUCGCCAACCUGCGGCUCAAAGCCAAGGAGUACAGCUUGAACCACGUGCCCACGGUCAACUGA